CAUCUAGAAGCCUUUGCUUUUGAGUUGUCAAACUUGGGUAUGGAAAGGAAUUAAAAGCUGCUUCCUUUGGGAAACUUGAUCAAUAUGAGCUCUCCGGAUACCAUGCUGUAUCUGUGCACCCACUGCUUCCGCAGAUUUCCUUGGGUCGCCCUCAGCAAGCAGGAACAUCGCUGCCCCCGGUGCCGUCUUCCCAUAAGAAGGUGCGCCAUCUGCGAUCAACGUUUUGAGCCACGUGAAAAAGAACAUUUGUACUGCAAACGCUGUGACUACAAUUUAAUGAAACAUGCUGCCGUGAUGCCGCCAUCAAUGGUGAAAGCCACCGAGGAGGAUCCUGAUGGAUAUAGGAACCGGGACGGUGCCUCUGUCACCGAACGCUGGAAGGAGAUUCAGACUGCUGCUGGCAUCUAUGAUGAGGAGUUUUCGGACCCUUCACCUUCGCCAUCACCAUGAGUUGGAGUAAUUAUGAAAGCUAUAUAAAUUUAUUUCUAAA